AUGUCUAAGUUGCCUGCAAUUCUAAACGCUUCCGAGGAGGAUAUUCAAUAUCUUCUUUCGGCUCAAGCCCAUAUUGGGGCAAAAAAUCUUAAUGUCCAAAUGACACCGUACGUGUGGAAAAGACGUGCUGACGGUGUUCACAUCAUCAAUAUUGGCAAAACGUGGGAAAAAAUAGUAUUUGCUGCCCGCAUAAUCGCAGCAAUCGAAAACCCAGCUGAUGUAGUAGUAAUCUCAGCGCGUCCAUACGGCCAACGAGCCGCACUAAAAUACGCAUCAUACACACACGCCCAAGCAAUAUCUGGUCGUUUCACCCCAGGCACAUUCACAAACUACAAUACCCGUUCUUUCAAAGAACCGCGCUUGAUUAUCGUCACGGACCCGCGUACUGAUCACCAAGCAAUCAAAGAAGCCUCAUAUGUUAAUAUUCCGGUCAUCGCACUAGCAGAUACCGACUCGCCACUUCGAUUUGUCGACGUGGCAAUCCCAACAAAUAAUAAAGCUAAACACUCGAUCGGGUUAAUUUAUUGGUUUUUGGCACGAGAGGUUCUUCGUCUUCGCGGGACAAUUCCUAGGGAUCAAUCUUGGGACGUGAUGGUUGAUAUGUUCUUUUAUCGUGAUCCCGAAGAAGCGGAAAAAGAGGCAGAGAUUUCGGGUGGUGCUCUGGAUAAGGGUACUGGCGAAGGAACUGGUGGAUAUGCCGAGGGUGGACAGAGUUGGGAAACUACGGAUGCUGGAAUUGGAGGAUGGGAAGCUUCUGGUCCGGCGCCAGUUGGCGGAAUUAAUCCUGCACUUGCUGCCGCAAUUCCUUCAAACGCUGCUACUUCUCAGUGGGAUACGGCGGCCGAUGAUGAGGCUGGAGGUGCUGGUGGAUGGACAGAUUCGUCGACUGCGGCGGCUGCUACGCCGUUUCCUGAACCUACUAACGAGUUCAGUGCGGCGGAUACAUUUGAGCCUAGUACGGCUAGUAAUUGGGCCGAUGAGACAACUGAAAAUGUUGAGGGUUCUGGAUGGGAUUAG